AUGGCGAGCACGACAUCCGAAGCAGCCAGGCGUGACCCUCAAGAGAAAGGCAAGGGGGCUGCUGUAGAUUUAAACGACAAAUUCGUGGCGCUGAUUGAUAAGGUGCGUGGUCUACAAGAUCAGAACAAGGUCUUAGAAACCCGACUGAACAUCCUGCUGAAACAGGAACCCUACAAAGCCAACAUUGAUGAGAUUGUGAAGAAUCUGAAAGGUAAUUUGACGAGACAGGUGGAGAGUUUAACCCUGGACAACGAGAAGUUGCAGCAGGAGCUGGGGCGAGCUGAGGAAGAAGUUGAGCGCUCGAGGGACAAGUAUGAGAAGGAGGUCCAGAAGAAGGCUGAGGCAGAGGAUGACUUUGUGAUCAACAAAAAGACUGUGGAUGAGGCCUACCUGCAGAAGGUUAAGCUUGAAAUGGAAAUGGAAGAGGUGCAUGGUGAGCUGGAUUUCCUAAAGAUGGGCUAUGAGGAGGAAAUUAAGGAGCUGGAGUCCCUGGUGCAGAAUGCUACUGUUGUGUUAGAGGUGGAGAAGCCCCCAGAGUUGGACAUGAAGGACGUCCUGGACAAGGUGAAGGCCCAGUACGAGGCCAUGGCUGCCCAUGCUCGUGAGGAUGCAGAGCAGUUGAACCAAGAGAAGAUGGAGAAUAUGAUGCAACAAGCAGGUAAACGUGAACAGGAGGUGAAAGACCAGAAAAACGACAUAGCCGAGCUUCUCCGCCAGAUCCAGAGGUUGAAAACAGACCUGGAGAUCCUCUCCAAGCAGAAAGUGAAUGUGGAGAGUGAUAUCUCUGAAUGUGAUGAGAGGGGGAGGAAGGCCAGCCUGGAUGCUCAGGAGCAGAUCAGUCAGCUGAAGGCCGCUCUGCAGAAGGCCAAGCAGGACAUGGCCCUGCAGCUCCGUGAGUACCAGGAGCUGCUCAACGUCAAACUGGCCCUGGACAUCGAGAUAGCGACCUACAGGAAGCUUCUGGAAGGGGAGGAGAUGAGAAUGACUGAGAAUGCCACACCUAAUGAAGCAGCCAGUAAAUUGGAUUUCUAAACAAAACAAAACAAACAAACAAAAAACACCCUGCCUUGCUUAUGCAGACGACUUGAUACCACCAUCAGAGACUCAGAAGCCGCCUUCUCCUUCCUCUCCUGCCGUGGCAGAACCUGGCCCCAGAAAAGUAAUCAUCAUCAAAACAAUCGAGACCCAGGACGGCAAAGUCAUCUCUGAGGGCUCCCAUAUGUCUGAGGCGUAGUGGCUCAGAGCCGAGGCUCAUAUAGAUAACAGCGGUCACUCCUCUUAGACGCACGCCAUCUAAAAAUGUCACUUCUGCUGUUGGACAUACUUUAUCUUCCACAUAGUCUUCUGGGUUUUCUGUUAUUAUCAAAGGUUAAUAAGAUAUCAACUGGUUUAAAGUUUGUUGGCAGACUAAUACUUUGCUAUAUUUUGCACUGAGUUUGUCUUUAUUUAUGUCUGGAAAUAAAGUCUCCCAACUGUCCUUUGCCAUUCUAUC